CGUUGUUUGAUUCCGCUUGCUGACAGCUCGAAUAAGACAAGACACUUGAAAGAAAAGAGAGCAGAAGAAGAAAGAUCGGAGAAGAGGAGGAGGAUGAGUAGUGUUGAUGUAUCAGUUUUUGAACAGCACACUGCACAGAGUAGAAGGAGACCCUUUCCCUGUUCUCAUAGUCAUGCAGUGAGGUGUCAAAUGGCACCCAAGCCAGAGCUGUGCCUGUGAGAAACGAAUCUUAGAAGAAAAGACCAGACACUUGCGGGGAGAGAAGAGUUUUACACGGAACAAUGACUUCAGUCAAAGAGGAUGUUGUGGAUGAAAAACUGGCACACAUUAAACAAGAGGACUUGUGUGUGAAGGUGGAGGAUUGUGAAGAAGCAAUUUCAGUUUUCAAAGAGGAAGAGUCCACGGGUGAGAUUAUUGAAGCUAAAGUUGAGAAUGGGGAAGAUAUCUCCAUUAGUCUUAAGCUGCAAAACCAUGAAAUCAGGAGCAUCUCCAAACAAGAGAUUUGUGAAGAAUCUCCUUCCAGUUUACAGCCCUGGGUCAGGAAUACGGGACACCGGAGUUCUACGAAACUGAAAUCUGAAUUUGAAGAGGAUAUCGAUGAAGGAAACGGGAGGAAUGGAGAAGAGCAGCAGUCAGCGAGGAGUGUGGGAAGAAAUUUCCAGGAGAACUACAAUUUAUCUACGUCUUCAUUUGCUCAGACUUCUCUUCGGAGCAGACUACAACACAAACAGGACAAGAAGAAUAUGAGGAAGCCAACAAGAGGAUCAAAGAAUUUGGCAGCGGCCACUUUGCAGUGCAGUUCUCCUCAGGCAGGAGUCAUUGACACCGAUCAGCAACAAAUUCAUAAAACAGACCCAGAGGCUUUAUAUGAAGAUGAGUCAACUCAUUCACUUCAAAAACCACCUGCAUGUUCUGAGUGUGGCAAACAAUUUCUACAUCGAAACAGUCUAUACAGACAUAAAAGAAUUCACACUGGAGAAAACCCCCCAUGCUGCACAGAGUGUGGCAAACAAUUCCCCAGCAGCAUUGCUCUUCAGCAGCACACCCGUGUUCAUACUGGAGAGAAGCCAUACAGCUGUUCCGAAUGUGGUAAAGGAUUCUCAUUUUUAGGUAGGCUUCAUAUCCACUCGAGAAUUCACAGCGGAGAGAAGCCGUAUUGCUGUAGUGAAUGUGGCAGACGUUUUGUACGAAGAAGCGGCCUACGGAGUCACAUCAGAAUUCACACCGGAGAGAAACCUCACUGUUGUUCAGAAUGUGGCAAACGAUUCUCUGAUGGUAGCGCUCUAAAGAGGCACACGCGAGUGCACACUGGAGAAAAGCCAUAUGUCUGUUCUGAAUGUGGCAAAGGAUUUGCUGACAGUGGCAAUCUUCAGAAGCAUGCUCGAAUUCACGCUACAGCAAAGCCAUAUUGUUGUUCUGAAUGCGGCAAACGAUUCAGUGAUACAAGUGCUCUUCACAGCCACACAAGAUGUCACACUAGAGAAAAGAAAACCUAUUGCUGUUUAGAAUGUGGCAAACAAUGUCCUUCACCUAGCAGUCUCCAAAGACAUAUGCGAGUUCAUAACGGAGAAAGGCCAUACUGCUGUUCAGAAUGUAGUAAAGGGUUCACUGAUAUCGGCGCUCUUCAGCAGCACAUACGAAUUCAUACUGGAGAGAAGCCAUAUUGCUGUUCUGAAUGCGGCAAACGAUUCUCAGCCAGUAGCUCUCUACGACAGCACACACGGACCCAUACUGGAGAGAAGCCGUAUUGCUGUCCUGAAUGUGGCAAAAGAUUUUCAGAAAGAAGAAGCCUUAACCACCACUCAGACAUUCAUGCUAGAGAGAAAAGAAUCAGAUUGAAGCUAGGUGUGAAAAAACAACCACUGAUACUGUGCCGGGGUGCCGAGGUUAACAAUUCUGGUCAAACAAAACUUCCAGGAAUUCUUCUGUCUGUACCGAUUACCAUCACUCUGUGCAAACUGCAAGAUGAGGCGUCAUCAGGGGCGAUUCAGGUGCAGCAGCAAGGCCUUGCUGUAAAUUUACAGAAACAAAGUUUAGGUUAAUGCAACAGAAAUGUGCUGCCUGCAGUGUGACCGUUAGCCCACGAAGCCCAUUUGGAGAAAUUCACCCUGAGAGAGUCCUCAUUGGUGUUCCGAAUGUGGGGAAGCGAUUCUUACAAAAAGGUACACUUCUACAGCACGUGAGAAUUCAGACUGUGCUCAGAACAGCUCCAUGAUUUUCUCCAUAGCUCAACAAUUAGUUAAUGAACUGAUAUUAUUAGGUUCCAUUAAUGUUUUUUCUGUCUUUCUAAACUAACCUGUGUCAUUCUGUCUACUCAUUAUGUAAUGUAAUAAAGUUUGUGUUUUUGUUUUA